UCCUAGUGUGAAUGUACACAUAUCAACCGCAACGAUGUAUGGUAUAUUAAAUAGCUUUAUGUUAAUUUCAGUUGCACUUCGUCGAUGACUAUAUAAGACGUCCUGCCGCAAUCGAUGUAAAUCAUUAGUAAUAGUUUCGUCGAACGUGAAAAAUACCAAUAGUGUCUACCCCGUGUAAACUGUAAUUCAGGUUUUAAAUUUUUUAAUAUUACCCUCCGCGUUACCAUGAACCAAAAAAAGCCCGUUGUCAUUCUAUUAUUGAAUAUAUUUUUAAUAUCAUUCGUCUGUGCUCAAUAUGGCAGUCCUACCGACAAUAGCGAUACCGGAUACGGACGAUACGGUGGUACAUAUACUAGUGUACCAUCAGGAGAUUAUGGACACAUAAGCCAAAAUUCCGUCGAAGGAGCUGUUGGAUCAGAUGGAAAUUCAGAACCAGAGCCGUUCAACUUUGCUUAUCAAGUGAAAGAUGAACCUACUAAUACAGACUUCAAGCACGAAGCAAACAGUGACGGCAAACGAGUGACCGGAUCGUACACCAUACUUUUACCGGACGGUCGUAAUCAAAUAGUGACAUACGUAGCUGACGAAAACGGUUACAACGCCAAUGUCCGCUAUGAAGGAGAAUUAAAACCACAACCAGAUCAACCAGGUAGCCAAGGAGGUUAUCCAUCAGCACCUGGUUUUCCUUCUGCUGCACCUGGAUAUCCUUCUGCUGCACCUAAAUAUCCUUCUGCUGCACCUGGAUAUCCUUCUGCUGCUCCUGGAUAUUCAUCUGCUGCCUCAGAAUAUCAUUCUGCUGCCUCAGGAUAUCCUUCUGCUGCCUCAGGAUAUCCUUCUGCUGCACCUGGAUAUCGUUCUGCAGCUGCCCCAGGUUAUCCUUCAUCGUCAUCGGAUUCACUUUCGUCUGCCCCGAGUUACCCGACGGGUGUUAAGGGAUCCUACGCCGCACCUCAACCCAAAAACGGAGGAUAUUAAAUAAUACUUCUGUAACGUUUGUUUAAUUGAUUAAUUUUUAAUAUUUUAAGCGAUUUUUUAGCCAUUGUACUUGGUUAUGUAUGUAAUUUUUUUUCUUUACAAACAGUCAAAAUAAGUUAUAAAUUUGUUUGUAACAAACAAAUAUUACGUACAACAAAAUAUUUAUUACUGUAUACCG